GCCUCUUUUCACCAGMCCCUGGACCUACUCGCUCAGGGCACUCUUUGAUUUGGCAAUCUAAGCUAUUAAUAAAUUCUGUUCACAGCUGCAGACAAAAUAGCUCACUCCUUAUUUAAUUCGAUUUGAAGAAGCUGUAACUGGAUAUAAAGUCUGGGUGAUCAAGCAUACUGAUCAUUCAUUCAAGUAAGGCUUUGGAGUAAGCAAGACUGGAAGUCAACGCACACUACCCAAAGGAUUUUUGGAAAACUUUCGUGGACGUUUGCUGUAUAUUAUUGAAGGAUUUGCCUUGGAAAGGACACUCCCAAAAUGGCACACCAAAUUCCUAUUCCCUUCCAUUUACAAUUUCAAAAUCACGGUGGAAUGAACCAAUUAGGUGGCGCCUUCGUUAAUGGGCGUCCUCUKCCUGAUUACAUUCGUCACAGAAUUAUYCAACUGGCAGCUUAUGGCGUUCGUCCCUGUGAGAUUUCAAGACGUUUGCUGGUUUCGCACGGCUGCGUCAGYAAGAUUCUMGGCCGRUAUUAUGAAACUGGGUCUAUAAGGCCUGGUUCCAUAGGCGGAAGUAAGCCUAAGGUUGCCACUCCCCCAGUGGUGUCGAAAAUUCUACAGUACAAGCAACAGAACCCUACAAUCUUUGCUUGGGAAAUCAGGGAYCGUCUCGUUGAAGAAGGGAUUUGUGAUCGUGAAAACACACCAAGUGUCAGCUCAAUUAACCGAAUUCUGAGAAACAAAGCCGCAGAACGGGCUGCACAGUUUGCUAUGUUGGAACGAGAGAGACAACAUCUUGCGAGUUUGUAUGGACUACACCCCUGGGGGGCCGUGUCAGAGUCUCAAAUCCAAUGGGGUUUUCCAACGUACCACCAUACGCAAACUGGAGAAGACGAAAGGCUUAUACAACAAGACCUGGAGAGAAAAAUACUUGCGGAAUCGUAUCCUGAAGAAAUGGCGUCUAAGUCAUCGGAUUAUGAAAGAGAAGAGUCUAAAUUGGUAUCCAGAGAAUCAACAUUAGCAACAAGAGAAAGCGAGAAGCAACCUACAAUAGAAGAUCGAGAGUCAUUCAUCGGAAAAACGAACCAUGAACGAAGCUUUCACGACGAGGCCGAUUACCCUCACGACCACGACGACGACAUCAACAUCAAAGUCGACGACAACAGCACGAACGACAGCAACUCGGUUCACGACGUCAGCAGUGACGACGAGCGGACGAAAAGCGACGAUAUUCAAGCGAAUCACAAAAGAAAAUUGAGACGGAACAGAACAACSUUCAGCCCUGACCAGCUGGAAAUGCUAGAAAAAGAAUUUGAAAAAUCGCAUUAUCCCGAUGUUGCAACCAGAGAGGAACUGGCCAACARAAUUGACAUGUCAGAAGCCAGAGUACAGGUCUGGUUUUCAAAUCGUCGAGCAAAAUGGCGUCGCCAUCAAAAAAUCGCCAACAUGCCACACAUGGGCCAUCAUUCCUUAGUGGGCAGCUGUUUCCCCAUGUGUCGUGAAUGCGACAUGGCUGAUAGACAAUGUUCCAUGAUUGGCAGUCAUUACGACCAAACUCUGAAUUCCUUGGACAUGAUGGCGAGAAGAGACAUGGCAUCAAGCUCGACGUCAACAUCAAUGAUGCACUCAGAGACAUCGAGCGGAGGCUGCGGACAGGAAUGUUCUUGUUCCCGAGUUUAGCACUUCAUGAUCUGUAAUCUACGAUUACGGAUGCAACAUUUCUUGUAAAUAUAAUCCCAUUAAGACUGAGAAGGACAUUGUGGACUGUAAAUUUAAACAAAAUGGUCAUACAAAAAUAUAUUCAGUCAAAAAAUGCGUUUUUUUCCCCAGAAAUUUGAAAUUCAAUAUGACAAUAAUCGUAAAAUGAAUAGAUGCAUUAUGAAAGGAAGAAACCUAAGAAAAGAGAUUUAUUGUUGAGACACAUGUGAUAGCUCAAAUACAAAUUGAUCACGUGAUCAUCGAAUUGUAUAAUCUUCCAUAUAAGGUUAUUAGCAGAACAGUAGAUUUUACUAAAAUAAAAGGUCUUUUGACAGUGA